UUGUUCUCUCUUCCCCACUCCCUCCCGUUCCCUUGGCUUUACUCCCUCCUCUCUCCCUUCUCUCUUCUUUUCCUGAGUUUGAAUGGAGAAGCUGGGUUCCCCGGAUCCUGCAGACCCUCCGCCGGGUGCAGGGCCCGUUGCUGGGGUUUCUGUUGGCAGGAGCUCAGGGGCCGAGGAAGACGAGGAAGACGAGGCAGCAGUCAGCUCCAAACUGUUUCGGUGUGCAUGCGUGAGACGCUGGGUACCACUGGUCUACAGAGAAGAACUCUACCAAGUCUUACGGCUCACGGGCCCACUGCUGCUGUUUCGGAUUCUGAACUUCCUCCUGCCGUUUGUUAACACCAUAUUCUGUGGUCACAUUGGCAAUGCAGAACUGGCAGGAUACGCACUGGCCUCAGCGACCAUUGACAUCACUACGACUGCAACAGGCUAUGGCCUCGCCCUGGCGUGUGACACACUCAUUUCUCAGACAUACGGCAGUAAAAACUUGAAGCGUGUGGGAGUAAUUCUCCAGAAAAGUACAUUGAUCCUACUGCUGUUCACUCUGCCCUGCUGGGCUCUUCUCAUCAACUCUCACAACCUGCUGAUCAUCUUGCACCAAGAGGAACAGGUGGCAAAAAUCGCCCAGAUCUACGUGAUGGCAUUUCUACCAGCUGUUCCAGCCAUGUUUGUGCACAUGCUGCAAGUUGCCUACCUGCAGAACCAGGGGAUCAUUCUGCCUCAGAUGUACACGGCAGCAGUAGCAAACAUUUUCAACUUGGGGGCCAACUAUGUCUUAAUCUUCAGCCUCGACAUGGGUGUCAUUGGAUCAGCAAUUGCUAACAGCAUUUCUCAGAUUGCAAUCUGCCUUCUGUUGUUUGGAUACAUCAGAUGGAAGAAGCUCCAUCAGCAAACAUGGGGAGGCUGGUCCACUGACUGUCUGCAGGAGUGGGGCUCCUACAUGAGGCUGGCUGUCCCCAGUCUUUUCAUGGUCUGCUUUGAAUGGUGGAUCUGGGAUGUCGGCGGUAUCCUUGCAGGUGUACUUGGAGAGGUGGAUCUUGCUGCCCAGCAUGUAUUGAUGGAAAUAGGAGCCAUAACAUAUAUGUUCCCUCUAGGUGUCCAUGCAGCUGCCUGUGUGCGUGUUGGGAAUGCUCUGGGGGCCGGGAACACUACCAGGGCCUUAGUCACCUGCAAAGUAGCUCUGUUUCUGUCAGGAAUGCUUGCUUUACUCCAGGGUGUCGUUAUCGCUGGCUCUAAGUCUGUCGUUGGCUACAUAUUCACCUCUGAUGAAAACAUUGUGAACAUGGUCUCACAGAACCUCACAGUCUACAUAUUUCUACAGUUCUUUGAUGCACUUCUGUGUGUUUGCUCAGGGAUUCUUGUGGGAGCUGGGAUGCAGAAAAUUGCCGCCUUGUCCAACCUGGUGUGUUACUACUGCGUUGGUCUGCCAGUGGGAAUAGCUCUGAUGUUUGUUGCCAAGCUCAGGAUAGUAGGCUUGUGGCUGGGUAUCUUUAUCUGUGUUGUACUUGAGACGGGGUUCUUCCUCUUUCUAAUCUUUAAACUCAACUGGAAGAAAAUCACACACAAGGCUCAACUGCGGGGUGGAAGAGGAGUGGUGGUGAGCUCAAAGCGCCCUAUCAGUACUCUGCUAAAUGAAGCGAUGGUGCCGGACAUCUCUGACUGCCCUAUCACAGAGUUGGAUGGCGAAGCCCUGAAAUCAGAUGGCUACUGUCCAGUCAACUCCAAGGAUCAGGAGCUGAAAGUGUUUCCUGAGGCAGAGGACAACAACAUCAAUGCAGUAGGAGCCGAGCGGGACGCUGAGCAGAGCGAAAAGACUUCCAAAGACACCAAAACUAUAACACUGCUUUCAGUCACUGAGCUGAUCCUGCGCAGAGGGCUCAUCCUUGUUAUUUCAGUUCUCAUUUUGGCCACAGGUGUGGCUUUCCACGUUGCUUUCCCUGUACCUGAGUUCUCCGCCAAGAACAGUGCCAACUUCACCUUGAACUGGAAUAAUGACUCCACCCCUACACCACUGUCUCCACUACACCAGGACAUCUGAGCUGUCUUUGAAUGUCUCGAGUGGCUUAGCUCAGUUCUCAUAAACUGACAAUUUAGAUCUCCUACAGGAAAAAAAGCCUAACAUCCAUAGUUAUGCUUGUAGACCGGGGUUGUUUUUUGUAAAACUACAGCCUGACGUGUCAGGGAAAGAAAAUACGCCUCAGUGCUGCACUGCUGAGCCAAAGAAAGCUGGAAGAAAUAUUAAAUGAGACUGGCAGGAUGAACAAAGGUCUUGCUACAAAGAUCAUCUUUUUUGCCCAGCCUGAGAUGUUCAACUGGGAUCACGAGACACAUUAUAAAUCCCUCACUAGGAGACCCCGUGGGUUAGAGUGUUCCUCCACAGAUAGCUUUUGAUUUUCCUCCCCUUAUUCUUGCCUUGAUUUAUGUUUUGCACUGACCUCAAAUCAUUUUGUCGUGUUUUAACUGUAAGUGUAAGAUGACUGUAAAUAUCUGAUGUAAAAUGUACAUGUUUAAAUGUAAAUAUGUAACAUGAGUAUAUUAUUGCAUUGUCUUCCUAUAUCACUGCCACUCCUGGUAAACUCCAGGACAGAGGUGAUUGAUAAAUAAUAAGCUAAUUAUUUUUUACUGUUUAUGUAUGACUGCCAUUUGAUUGAACCCUAAUCAAUACAAACAAUACUUUAACAAUAA